AUGAAUGCGUGGCUAACGGACGCCUCCAAUAUUCCCAACCAUGACAAUGGGACAUUCAAUGGAACCAUCGACCCAUCCAUGGCUUUCCUCCAGCCAUCUCCCGCUCCGCAAGAUCCUACCCAAUUCCAGCGCAUGUUUCAAAAUGGAGUUCCUCGCAACGUCUCGCCUGGAUUCCACAAUCCCAACCAGGUGAUACCAUCGAAAAGGCCGAGACCAGAAGAUGGGUUGUCGAUGUCUCCAAGGCAAGCCCCAGGUGGACUGGCAGUGUCACGUUCUCAAACGCCUCAGGUCCCCUUCCCAGGAUAUCAACCUCCGGCAAAUGGAAAUCCCCAAUUCGCACAUCACCCGGCGGCCUAUCAGCAUCUGCAACAGCAACAACAAAGAGGCCCCCUCAACACAUCGCAGUCUCCCGUCCUGCAAGAUUUUGAUCAACACGGCGUGCAGAAGAUGCAGACCUCUUCCCCUAGUCCCUUUUCCCCCGCAGGCCCGGUUGCAAAUCAAAUUUCCACGCCUCAGUCCGACCAAGGAAGUCGUGUCAACACGCCGCAAAACAGUACCUUUAUGCCCGCCCAAAAUUUUCCCCAAGGCAUGCCACCCCAGUUUGCACAAUCAGCUUCCAUGUCUUCAGGCCCAACGCCAGCCUCCAUGCAACCUCAUAUGAACAAUAUGCAGCAGGGAUUUUCACCUCAGGCCAUGGCUGCUCAGCAGCAGCGUCUAUAUCAGAUGCAGUUACAAAACCAAGCUCGCCAAAUGCAAGUCAAUAAUCCUGCAAUGGUAGGGCGACCAUCUGGUACAAUGAACACUAUGGCGGUAAACCCUCAAAUGGCCGCCUUGCGACAGAUGCAGCACAACUUGUCCCAGCAGAAUAUGCCUAAGGCGAAUAGCCCCGAAAUAUUUUUGAAGACUCUGCAAAAAUUCAUGAUGGCCCGUAAUCAGCCUCUGGAUCUUAAUCCAUAUGUCAGCGGUCGACCUAUACAUUUGAUGCAACUUUACGCGACAGUUAUGAAAAUGGGCGGUUCAAAGAAGGUUUCAGCGACUAAUAUGUGGCCGGCCAUUGCUCAGACCCUGCAAUUUCCACAUCAACAAUAUCCGAACGCCGCGCUGGAAGUCCGAGACAUCUACGCGAAAAACCUAGCAAGCUAUGAGCAAGCUAUCAUCAUCAGCAGUCACCAACAAAAACAAAUGGAUAAUAGCAUGCAACAGAAUUCCCUGCAGCGCCAAUCUGCAGACGCCAAUACGAUGCAAUAUCAGCAAUCCCCUGUUAAGCCAGUGCCAGACUUUGAAACGCAAAGUCCUCAGCAGUUUACGCCCUCCCCCCAAGUUAGUGCGACAAUACCAAACAAUAUGCCACCAAGCGCAACGAAUGGCAUCUCAACUUCUCAGCAAUCUCGUCAAGCCAAUCAACAACCGCCUCAACCCCCACAGAAUCCGAGCAGCCAAAGACCGGUAGCUCAACAAGCGCAAAUACCAGUUCCAACUGAUGCAUCCCCAAAGCCGCAAGUCGCGCUGUCUGGAACGGCAGCAAAGCUAUCGGCCGCAGCCACGAUUAAAUCUGCACCAGACUCCGAGUCGGCGCCUUCUAAGAGUGUCAAACACCACAUUGAUCAGACUUUCAAGGCAGCUGUUCUCCCAGAUAAUCACAGGCAUGGACCAGUGGUAGUGGACGAGAUUUAUCAACUUGGAGAAGAGAUCACGAGGUUGAAACCCAACGUACCUUCUUUUGGCGAACUAGGUGUUAUCGACAUUCAUGCUCUAACUAUGAGCUUAAAGUCUGGGAUACAUGCUGAAGUGCGCGUGGCCUUGGAUACUUUGAUGACUUUGUCUUCCGAGGCAGCCGUUCUUUCACUAGAUAAUUGCGAUGAUCUUGUGGAAACAUUAGUGGAUUGUGCGGAAGAGCAGCUCGAUUUACUAGCUGAGAAUGCAGCUGAGGUUUCUGAUGAAAUGCUACUGCCGUCUUAUGAAGAGGUGAUUCGUGGCUGCCACAUAGAGAUGGCAUCACUCUUGGACGUUCAGGAGUUUGGCAGUUUAGGCUAUGAACUUGACCGCGCGGCUGAUAGAGUUCUCUGCAUAACCGCAAUAAUCAGAAACUUUUCGUUCUCAGAAUCAAAUUUCGGCAUUCUAGGCAGUCUUCCCGUCGUCAAGAUGUUCUCCACCAUCAUUCGGUAUUUAGGUACUCGGAACAUGCUUUUACGAACCAACCAAAAUAGUCUGGAAUUUAUGAAAGAUACCGCCACGUAUCUGAGCAAUCUGGCUCAAACGGUUCAUCUGCCUGGGAAGGAAGAGGCAUCUUGCUUGCUUCACUUCCUUCUUUCAUUUGCUCCUUUGCCGGUGCCUACGUUAGGCGUGGACGGAGUAACAUUCACACCAUACAACCCUUCCAUUCACAGAUAUACACCAGCAGCAAUUGACGGCCUUGCCAAGCUCCUUGCUCGAGAUGAACCCAAUCGCAUGUAUUUCAAAGCGAUCUUUGAUGAAGCUAGCUGUUCUCCCCAGAAUGAAUUGCUAACGCGCGCAUUUGCUCUGGCUAUAAGCCCUGUUCCUAACCAGCCACGGAAACCACUAGCAUUUGCAGAUGCUCGCAAAGUCUUUCUCAUGCAAGGACUAUUAGCUGCCGAAAUCCUCACAGGCCUUGCGGACGGAGUUACUGCUCGAACCUGGCUUCAGUCAACCGAUGGCUUCGCCGUCCAUCUUCUACGAUUGUGCUGUCUGCUUAGCACAGAACGGUUGCCCCCUCCUACACACCGCCAUCCACAAGCACGUGGCCAACCGGAUAUGGAAGCUCAUGCUUAUGUAUCCAUCAUAAAUCGAGGGUUGAAUAUCCUUCAAAAAUUGGCAGAGAAGUCUAAGCGGGAGGACUCCGUAACAGGAGCUCCCUUUCCACUAGGCGUGCUACCCAAGCGAGAAAGCCUCUUGGGCGCGUUGUUAACACCGAACUUGGAUCCAGGUGUAGUGAAGCAAUUGAUUGCAUACGCAGGACUUGGGGAGUAA